AUGAAAUUUUAUCUUAGAGCUACUGGUGAUGAAGUUGUUACUUACAGUGCUUUAGCUUCAAAAAUUGGUUCACUUGGUUUGGCUCCUAAGAAGGUUGGUGAAAAUAUUGCUAAAACUACAGUGAAUUGGAAAGCUAUUAUCAUAAUUCCUGAAACACCUGAUAAAAAUUAA